AACAUACUUCAAAAUGCCGAGAGAACUUACGGAAAUCAAGGACUUCCUUCUCACAGCCAGGAGGAAGGAUGCUAAAUCCGUCAAAAUAAAGAAGAAUGCGGAGAACACCAAGUUCAAGGUGCGCUGUUCAAGAUUCUUGUACACGCUUGUUAUCACUGACAAGGAGAAGGCCGAGAAAUUGAAACAGUCUCUUCCACCAGGUCUCCAAGUCAAAGAAGUAAAAUGAAUCAAUGACGUUUUAAUACAAUAUUUUUAGGA